AUAUGUUGUGAAUUGUUCCUAUGCUCAAAUGACUCCAUUUGCUUUGCUUAUGAUUAAUAUGACGAAUAUUGAUGAAAAACAGUGGGAAAUCUUGUCAUACAUCAGCUAUAUAGGCUGCAGUCUGUCUGCCGUAUUUUCUGCUUUCUCCAUAUUGUCCUAUAUUGUCAACAGUAAUGCCAGGAAAGAAGUGUCCACCAGCAUCCAUGUGUCUCUGAGCGCUGCUCUGUUUCACCUCAACAUCAGCUUCAUGCUCAGUGAAUGGGCCGCCACACUGAAUAUAAAUGAAGUUUGUGUGUUUAUUGCUGUGACGAUACACUACAGUCUGUUGUGUUGUUUCACCUGGAUGGCCAUUGAAGCUCUGCACCUCUAUCUUCUUCUGGUCAGAGUCUUCAACAUUCACAUCAAGCACUACAUGGUCAAGCUCUCUCUCAUUGGAUGGGGAGUCCCAGCUCUUCUUGUUGGAAGCUUGCUAUCAGUUCAUAGCAGUAGUUCUGUGUAUGGUACUAAAAAUAUCACAUUAUCAGACACAAAUCAAACAAAUGCAAUGUAA